GGCGCCUGGAUACCUUAGCCAUGCGCCCCCGGCGCCUCGCGUUUCUAGCUGUGCUCUUGGCCGCGCCCUUGACUCUGGCUGAGACCCCAUACCUGGUGCGAGUGGAUGCAGCCCGCCCGCUGAGGCCUUUGCUGCCCUUUUGGAGGAGCACCGGCUUCUGCCCCCCACUGCCUCAUGACCAGGCUGACCGGUUCGACCUUAGUUGGGACCAGCAACUGAACCUUGCCUACAUCGGUGCUGUGCCUCACAGUGGCAUCGAGCAGGUCCGGAUACACUGGCUGCUGGAUCUCAUCACAGCCAGGAAGUCAUCUACACAGGGGCUGAUAUACAACUUCACCCACUUAGAUGCUUUCCUGGACCUCCUCAUGGAGAACCAGCUCCUCCCUGGAUUUGAGCUGAUGGGCAGUCCUUCUGGGUACUUCACGGACUUUGAGGACAAGCAGCAGGUGUUUGAAUGGAAGGACUUGGUUUCUCUCUUGGCCAGGAGAUAUAUUGGUAGGUAUGGACUGACACAUGUUUCCAAGUGGAACUUUGAGACUUGGAAUGAACCAGACCACCACGACUUCGACAAUGUGUCCAUGACCGCACAAGGCUUCCUGAAUUACUAUGAUGCCUGCUCUGAGGGGCUGCGUAUUGCCAGCCCCACAUUGAGGCUGGGUGGCCCUGGGGAUUCCUUCCACCCCCUGCCAAAGUCACCACUUUGCUGGAGCCUCCUGCGCCAUUGUGCCAACGGAACCAACUUCUUCACUGGCGAGGUGGGCGUGCGUCUGGAUUUUAUCUCCCUGCACAAGAAGGGCGCAGGCAGCUCCAUCUCCAUCUUGGAGCAGGAGGUAGCAGUUGUAGAGCAGAUCCAGCAGCUCUUCCCUGAGUUCAAGGACACCCCUAUUUACAAUGACGAGGCAGACCCUCUGGUGGGCUGGUCACUGCCACAACCUUGGAGAGCUGAUGUGACUUACGCGGCUUUGGUGGUGAAGGUCAUUGCACAGCACCAGGACCUGCUGCUUGCUAAUAGCAGUUCCUCCAUGCGCUACGUGCUCCUGAGCAAUGACAAUGCCUUCCUGAGCUACCACCCGCACCUUUUCUCCCAGCGCACACUUACUGCCCGCUUCCAGGUCAACAAUACUCGCCCACCCCAUGUGCAGCUCCUGCGAAAGCCAGUCCUCACAGUCAUGGGGCUGAUGGCCCUGCUGGAUGGAGAACAACUCUGGGCAGAGGUGUCAGAGGCUGGGGCUGUGUUGGACAGCAAUCACACAGUGGGUGUCCUGGCCAGCAUCCAUCGCCCCGAAGUCUCCUCGGAGGCCUGGCGUACCACGGUCCUGAUCUACGCUAGUGAUGACACCCAUGAACACCCCAACCGCAGUAUCCCCGUGACUCUUCACCUUCGCGGGGUACCCCCUGGAUUGGGGCUUGUCUAUGUAGUACGCUACCUAGACAAUCAACUCUGCAGCCCCUACAGUGAGUGGCAGCAGAUGGGUCAGCCAGUCUUCCCCUCUGCAGAGCAGUUCCGACGUAUGCGCAUGGUGGAGGACCCAGUGGUUGAGGCACCGCGUCCCUUCCCUGCUGGAGGCCGCCUGACUUUACAUAGGAAGCUUUCUUUGCCAUCACUUCUGCUGGUGCAUGUAUGCACACAACCCUUGAAGCCACCAGGGAAGGUUAGCCGGCUCCGGGCACUGCCCCUGACACGUGGGCAGUUGGUUCUAGUCUGGUCAGAUGAGCAUGUGGGCUCCAAGUGCCUGUGGACAUAUGAGAUCCAGUUCUCCCAGAAGGGUGAGGCGUAUGCCCCAAUCAGCAGGAGGCCGUCUACUUUCAACCUUUUUGUGUUCAGCCCAGACACAGGUGUGGUUUCUGGCUCCUAUCAAGUACGAGCAUUGGACUACUGGGCCCAGCCAGGCCCCUUCUCAGACCCUGUGACUUAUCUGGAUGUCCCUGCCUCAUGAGAGUCACUGGCUUCUAGUGACUGUAUCUUUCUCUACCUCAGCCUUGGAGUCUGUCUUUGUGGAUGAACACUACAGGGGGCCCAGUUGCAGUGACCUUUGCCUGCUUUCCUCUCUCCACCCAGAUGCUCAAAAGUUUAACUUUGGA